UUCAUACCAAAGUUUAACCAUUUAGGGUCGACACGUAACUCAUUUUUAUCCUAUUUCGUUCUGUCUGCCAGUCGGUUGAUCAUAUUGUGAACGGAAGCAAGUGUCGGUUUGCAUCGUCCAACGCUGAAUAGUUCUAAAAUGAGUGGAAUCAGUGAGAACGAGAAGAAAGAUCAAGACGAGACCAAGCCAAAAGAAAACGGAGACAAAAGAUAUUUCAAUGGAACUGUCAGGCUCAAAAAUCCUCACUUGGAGUUGAUGGAUCAAGAUAUUUUAUAUCACCUGGCGUUGGGAAGCGGGUCACAUGACUUAGUUGAAAUGUUUGGAGAUGUUAAAUUCGUGUGCAUGGGUGGUACACCAAAACGUAUGGAGACGUUUGCUUACUACAUCAUGGAGAUCAUCGGCCACAAACUACCCACUGGUACAACCUUAUUAGACAUAAGUCAGUAUUCUUAUAGAUACAGCAUGUACAAAGUCGGCCCAGUAUUAUCAAUCAGUCACGGUAUGGGAGUACCAUCUAUAGGAAUUCUCCUCCACGAAAUUAUUAAGUUAAUGUAUCACGCUAGAGUUAGAAAUCCCAUUUUCUUCAGAAUAGGAACUUGCGGUGGUGUUGGCCAUGAAGGUGGCACAGUUGUCAUUUCCAACGACGCUGUAGAUGGCCUUGGAAAUCAUUAUUACGAAGUGCCAAUGCUCGGAAAGAACGUAAAACGGCCUGCAGUGUUCGAUCAGCAACUGGUCAGAGAACUGAAGGCUUGUAUUGACCCAGACGAUCCCUAUGAUACUGUCGUUGGAACCACGAUGUGUGCUAACGAUUUUUACGAAGGUCAAGCAAGAUUAGAUGGAGCAUUUUGCGACUAUACCGAGGGUGAAAAAAUGGAAUACCUUCAAAAACUGAAUGACCAAGGGGUGGUGAAUAUCGAGAUGGAAUCCAUUCCCUUUGCAGCUCUUACCCACCAUGCCAACAUUAAGGCAGCUGAAGUGUGUGUGACAUUGUUAGACAGGCUGAAGGGAGAUCAAGUGAAUGCACCCAAAGAAGUUAUGAAUGAAUGGCAGAUCCGACCUCAGAAACUAGUGGCAGCGUACAUCAAGAAAUAUCUGCAAACAAAAGGUAGAUUACCUUCAUCUGGUCACGGACCUUGGUCUGUGAAGAGUCCAAGAAGGUUCAAGCUCGUACAACAAGAAUCAGAGAUUAUCGAUUGAGCUCAUGCGCUAAGCGUAGACUCGCAAAAGUCAGACUUUUUUUACAAUUCAAUUUUGUAUUGUAUUAUUAGCACUGCCAUUGUCGCACAUUACAAUUUUGUGUGAUAUCCAGUUGAUAACGGAAAGAUAAGUCUUGAAUUAUCGACAGAAAAUGACUAUGAUGUUGAAAAGUUCAUCAAAUAGUUUUUUAAUAGUUCCAUCAUGCGAGAGCAGACAACACCAGUUAGACAGUUAUUAGACAAGAAGUCCUUCGAAAUUUAACGUUUCUCUUUGGAUAUCAACUUCGUAUCUGCGAAAAAAAAUGGCUAGUUCUACAAUAUGCUUUUUCAUGUUUAUUUUGAACAUUUGCCGAGCAUCGUCUUAAUAUAGGACCUAUUGAUAUUCUCAGAACUGUAAAUAUAAUCACUACGAUCGCAUUUCUGGUAGGACUCAACAUUCCGGAAACGUAUUGAACAGUAGUAGGAUCAAAUUGAACUAUAUCUUGAAAGUUUUUCAAUAUAAACUUAUAUACUAUAAGGAAGUAUCAAACAUAUCCCAAAUUUUUUACGAUAACCCUACACUUACAACAAACUUUUCAAUCUGUAUGCUUCAAAACUGCGUAGAUUUUUAAAUAUGAAAAUUCAACUGAGAAUAUUCUUCAAAUAUUGUUGCUUGUAUAAUCUAAAUGAAUACAUGAGGAAAAUCAUCAUCCUAAAUUACGAUUCCAUCACGUUUCAACGGUGUAUGCUAAAUAUAUCAUUGCUGCUAUUCCAACUGUAUCUUCACUUUUCUCACUAUCUUUCAUUUUCCUUCGCUAGUUUUUGUGUUAUUGUGACAUUUAUUUAAAACUUCCCUUUUUAGGCGAUAAAUGUCCGAAGAAAUGAAUUUCUAUUAGACAACAUUUAUUGGACCUACGUUUCAAGAAACCUUGUUGACUCAACUUCCAACGUAAUAUUAUUUGUAUUAUAAAUUUUUUUUUAAUAAAAAUUAUUUUGUGAUUUUUGUUUUUUCAUAACCGAAGAUUUUUCUUGAGGGUUGAGUUGGAUAAUGGUUGAGAAAUAAAUGUUUUAAUCCAAAAAUGGAAUAAUUAUGUUGAUUAUGUUGUAGUACAAGCUUCUGUUACGAGAAAAUUAAAUUAUUUAUGUUAUAAAUAUGUGUAGCCAUAUAGCUGACAAUACGGUUAAUUGAUAAGUGAAUUUUACAUAGGAUAGUAGGUAUAAAUACAACGAUAUAACAAUUGUGAUCAUUCACGGUAACAUGUUACGUAUUCAAAUUGUUGAAACUGCUAAUGUUGAUAUAUUGUUGAUAAGAAAACGCGAUAUUUUGAAAUCUGAACGAUAUCCUGAUAUCUUCGUGAAAAUAUUGAUGUCAUCAUCCAUUCUCACAAGCUUCAUUGCAUUGCGGUGUUCGAAAAGAUACAAAAAUAAUUCGACCUGAGUUUAUUAGUUUUAUGUUGGUGUUUCCGUUUUAGUUAGGUGAAAAUUCAAAAUACCCUGCACAACAAUUGAUUGGGAUCAAUUUAUUGAAAAUAUUCAUUUUGACCACAUACUAGAGUAUGUUUAAUUGAUAUUCUUCUCUUUGAGGCACACUUUCGGUGAGACAUUAUGAAUUUUUGAGAAAUAAAGCGUUAGAAAGCUGCUCCAGAUUGUAAAUGGGUUAUUUUCGGGAGGACAGUUGUCUAAACGUCUCUGCCUAGACAUGCUCGCAUCUAGUCAGAGCUGCAUUAACCUGCCGUAGGCAUACUUUGCUUCCUAUCCAAACUGGGAUGCUGUGCCCUUUUACGAGUUCUCAAACCACGUGCAGUCAGAGUGUCUUACAGUCUGAUUAGAAAUAAGAACUGUUGCAACUCUCUGUUAUCUAUUGAGUCGGAUAUGUGGGGUUUCCCCAAGCAUUGACGACCAAAAGGCGAUCUCGAGCAGCUGUUGUAUUACGCAGCCGAUCUCUCUCAUGACCAUAAGCUAUCCUUCGGAUGAACCCAUUCCAAGCUCGAUAUACAACACUUUGCUAAACAUUCAACUGCUUGGACACUUCUCGCUGGGAAAACCCUUUCUAUUUCCACCUCAUGAUUUGGUCAAGUUGAACAGGAGCUCAAAGUCUUCUCGGCAUGACUCGAGCAAGAGCUCAAUUAAAAGUAAAAAAAGAAUAUGAUAAAAAACUCAAAAUAUCCAUGUUUUUCCUGAAAGAACACAUGUAUAUGUUAAUGUGCCACACUUACAAAAGCCAGGAAGAGAAAUGAUCCCUAUCAAUUGUCAAGGAGUGCAUUUCCUAUCAAUAAAGGGUUCAAAAAUAAUUGAGCGAACAAAUUAUUAUUUUUAUCAAGAAACAGAAUUAAUGAAUAAUAAAUACAUAAUCAUCUUGAAUAUCAGUAAAAUAGAUAUUUAUAAUGAUCAGCAUUGACGAGCAAAUGUCACUAAUCGAAGUUGUAAAACAACAUUGAUGUAUUUGUAAAAUGUUAACGUAAUGCUAGAUACUGAUGAUAUAAUUUAAGAUUACAGUGAACGAUAACUUUAUAUGCAAUUUUGUAAAAUGAUUUGAUGUGCAUAUAACCAAUUGAUCGAUGUCGCCUAUUGAAAUAAAUUUUUGGCAGUUA